UUUUUAACCAGCAUUCACUAAUUAAGUCCACUGAUAACUCAAUCCAUAUUUAUUCCGAGUGAACUAUGGCCUUCUUUCGAUAGAGGAUCUCCCAGUGUUUGAAUUUUGAUAAACAGUAUAGCGUACAGUGCUGGCUAGAACAUGGGAAAGUCACUGAUCGCGUGGUGUAUUUUCUGCCUAUUUAGUGGUAGUUUUGCGAUUCCAGCAGCGUUGCUGUAUGAUUAUAAUGUCAAGGAUGCUGUUCGAUUGCCGAAAGGAGAUGAUGUAUCUUCAUCUGCGGUCAACUUAAAAGUGCCAAUUAUAUUCUUUGGAGAAGCCUAUGAAACGAUAUAUAUAAAUAACAAUGGACUCCUCUCCUUCCAAACAGAAAUACCAAAUUUCCUCAACUUGGAGUUUCCUCUGGACUACCCCUCCAUAGCACCUUUCUACUCCAACGUGGACACCACCAACGCUGGUACGGUCUCCUACUACGAGACACAGGAACCAGGUCUACUUCAGAGGGCCAGUGAAAACGUUCACGAUCAAUUUUUGGAAUAUGGCAACUUUCAAGCAACAAGCCUAUUCAUUGCCACAUGGGAGGCUGUUGGUUACCACAUCAAAGGAUCGGAUAAACUGAACACCUAUCAAGUUGCGAUAGCAACAGAUGGUGUGAAUUCUUUCGUGGAGUUCUUGUAUCCAGAAAAUGGCAUACAAUGGAUUCAGGGAACUGGAGAUCAAUCCGGCUUGCCUGAUGCCAGGGCACAAGCUGGAUUUGUAUCGGCAGAUGGAAAAAUCUUCACCUUACCGGCUUCAGGGACGGAACAGGUUUUGAAUCUGGAAAAAUGGUCUAAUAUGGAUUUACUUGGACAGUGGACCUUCAUGAUACAUGAAAGCGAUAUAGUGGAACCUGAUCAGAAUAAUGCAAAAAAACCUAGUAAAACUGUCGGAGCUACUUGUGCUUCCUCUCCUACCUACUGUCAUGUUCAUGGGAAAUGUGUAGAUUAUGAUGAAGGUUUAUGCUGUGAAUGUGAUCCUGCCUAUUACGGUAAUGGGCGAGCUUGCAUCAAAAAAGAUGCUCCACUGCGAGUGAAUGGCAAAGUAACCGGAAAAAUAAACGGAGAGAAACUAGGUAACUUAGAUCUUCAAUCCUACAUAGUCAUGGCAGAUGCAAGAGCUUAUACAGCGAUAUCUAAAAUACCCGAAUCCAUUGGAUCCGAUAUUCAAUCACUCCAAAUCUUGGGGAGUUCUAUUGGUUAUUUAUUCGCAAAACCAAUUCGAGGCGCCAUCAACGGAUACCAACUUACUGGAGGAGUAUUCAAUCACACAGCCCAACUCUUCUUCCAGAAAACCAACCAAAGUAUUGCUAUAAUUCAAAAAUAUCACGGUCUCGACCUUUUCGAUCAACUCAGAUUAGAAGCUAACAUACAAGGAGAAAUACCAAUUCUAUCCAAAGACGCUAAAGUUAUUAUAGACGAAUACCAAGAGGAAUAUACUGUUACAGCACCUGGUAUCGUACAAUCGUCUUCUAACAGAAUGAUCAAAUAUAAGGACGAAAAUGGUACGGAAGUUGUUCACCCUUACUCCGUGUAUCAAAGUUUUCAAUUCGAAGAGUGCAAAUUUAAAAACUCUUCAUUUGGGAAUUCAUGGAAGCUGAAGGUUGGAAAGAAUUUCAUAAGCUAUGAGGCAACGGAACAGAUUAUUCGUUUUGGAUUGAGUAAUAAAAUCACGCCCAUUGGAGAUUACGAUCCUUGUGAAGAAGGCCGAUCAAAAUGCCAGGAGAAUAGCGUUUGUGUGGUCGACAACGAUUCCUACAGAUGUGCUUGCAAGCCUGGUUUUCAGUUCCAAAUGGGCGAAAACGGCAGAACAAUUUGUGGAGAUACAAACGAAUGCGCUAUCGGAAUAGCAGAUUGUGAUUACAACGCUCAUUGCACAAAUGAAGUAGGUAGUUAUUCGUGCCAGUGCAAUCCAGGUUUUGAAGGAAAUGGUAGGGUUUGCACACCGGCUGUAACCUGUGUAAACGUGACUUGCAACGAAAACGCACAAUGCGUAGAAUCUAACGGUAAUGCAGCGUGUAUAUGUUUGGCUGGUUUCACUGGCAAUGGCCAAAUAUGUCAACCCAAGGUGGCAAGCAGCUGUCAUAUUGCUAACAAUUGCUCUCCAUAUGGAAUGUGUCAAAUAGAUCCAGAAACAGAUGAAUAUCAUUGCUUGUGUCUCCCUGGUUUCGAAGGUGAUGGCUAUAGAUGUACACAAGUACUAACAACAACAACUGAAUCACAGAUGAAUACGAACGAUCCAAAUAUGAACAAUUCCACUGAAGAGGAAAUUUUACCUCCUGCUCCUACUACAGAUGCUUAUGAGGCAACAUACCAAUACUCACCAACAGAAUCUGUCAUUCACACGACAACAGAUAGAGUCCCCAAAAGUUGUAACAGCACUUCAUGUUGGUGUCCUGAUGGUUUUGUACUUGAUGAGGAAACGCAGUAUUGUGUCAGAGGCGAUGACUCUAAGAACCCACCCACCAUACCUCCAAACGUGACAUGCAAUGAAGUCAAUAACUGCAACGAAAAUGCGGAAUGUAAAUUUGUACCAGCAAUUUCCUCGUAUUCAUGUGUUUGCAAUGAUGGUUUUGAGGGAGAUGGUUUUAGUUGCUCUGAACCGAGAGUUUCAUGUCUUCUUGAGAACAAUUGCGAUGUCCAUGCUACUUGUACUUAUGAUGAAACAAUAGGUCGUUCAAAAUGUGUUUGCAUGAGUGGAUAUGAAGGAGAUGGGUUCACUUGCACACUUGCCAUAUGCGCCAGCGAUAAUGAUUGUACAGCAACUGAAGAAUGUCUAUACACUAAUGCACAACGAUAUGAGUGUGUAUGUAAGGAAGGCUAUGUGAGAGACUCCCAAAAUCUAUGUGUGGACGGUAGCAGUACUUGUGGUGGAGGUACUUGUGUGGAAAAUGCAGAAUGCCUGUAUGAUGCUACAUACGAAACACAUUAUUGCAGUUGUAAAACUGGCUAUGUUGGCGAUGGUAUAACAGAAUGUAAAUUGAAACCUAUUGGCUGCAAUAUACUGAACAAUUGUGGUCUGCAUGGUAUAUGUGUAUAUGAUGAAGAAACCGAACUUCACAUCUGCCAGUGUCAAGUCGGAUUUUAUGGAGAUGGAUUUAUUUGCCAUUUGGAAGAAAACUGUUUGACAUCCCCAAAUAUGUGUAAUCCAGAUGCAACAUGUGUCGCAGACUUAAACAGAAAAUACAGUUGUCAAUGCAACUAUGGUUUCAUAGGCAACGGAACAUUUUGUCGAAGAAACCCUACACACGAAGGUGGCUUCCUAUUACUAAAUCAAGGUAUGGCUACUUUAAGGGUACCAUUGGAAGACUCCAGAGAAAGAUUGGGUCGAGCAGUUCAAGUUAAAGGCUCUCAAACCUCUGUUGGCCUAGACAUAGAUUGUUUUGAAGGAAAAUUCUUUUGGAGUGACAUAACAGGAAGGGCCAUACGAACUGCCUUUUAUAAUGGAAGUGCGAAACAAGAUUUUAUAACACAAGGUAUUGGAUCUCCUGAGGGCAUUGCAGUCGAUUGGGUUUCACGAAAUAUAUAUUGGACAGACUCAACGAAAGAUACCAUAGAUGUAGCUAGUAUAGAUGGCAAAAGAAGAGUUACUUUGAUUAAUACAGGUCUCAAAAACCCCAGGGGAAUCACCGUUCAUCCCCAGAGAGGAAAAAUUUUCUGGACCGACUGGGAUAGACUGCACCCUAAAAUUGAGUGGGCCAAUGCAGAUGGAAGUGAAAGAUCGAUAUUUUUAGAGGGAAAGGAGAUCUCCCUUCCUAAUUCAUUGGCCAUAGAUUACGAUACCGAAGAGUUGUGUUUCGCAGAUGCAGGAACAAAAAAAGUUGAGUGUAUCCAAAUUGAUAAUCGUCAAAAGCGAACAAUUGCAGCCAACUGCACUUAUCCAUUUGGAAUAACAGUGAAUGAUCGUUAUAUUUUCUGGAGUGAUUGGAUAACAAAACGUGUGGAACGAGUUGACAAGCGCACACUUGAAAGACUUUCUCCAUUGCCUCUCCCAAUUUUUAGUGCUGGGAGACUUUUCGAAGUGGUAGCAGUGCCAUUAAGAUGUCCUCCUCUCCAGAAUAUUUGCCAGUACAGAGACCAAUGUCCACCUGAACACAUUUGCUUACCAAAUGGUCGUGGAAGCAAGACUUGUACUUGCACUUACAAGGCUCUUUCUCCUUUGGAGAAGCCCACUUGCACUCUGCCAGCCACACAAAAACAAGUGACCAUAUACUGAAAAAGAACAAUUAACUUAUGAUUAAGUUCAUCAUAGAGAAUAAUUUUAUUCUAUUUCAUAUUGUAUGUUCAGCAUCUACCUGUUAAAGGUCUGUUUUUUUUUCAUUGUUUCAGUUCAUUUCCUGAUCCUUAAAAAUAUUUUAUACAUUAUGUUCGAGUGAGAGUUUAUAGAUUGUUAGGUAAUGUUAAUUUAUAUUUUUUACUCUUUACAACAAUUCUGCAUAUGUACCUUUUUUAACAUCAAAACUGUUAUAAAGUAAUGAUCAAUAGGUUGGUCAAUAAAGACUUAAACAACCAA